AACAAGAAAUAGUCUACUAUUACUAACAAUAUCAUGCACUGCAUCAUCAUGAUCAUCCAAAUAUUGACAUUGAUAGUUAGAUCUAGAUCUAUAAUAGUAUAAUAAUAAUGAUACUAGAUCUAGAUGAUAGCUUCUAGAAUAGUUGUAGACUAGUCUAGUGUUAAUAAUAUUUAAUUUAAAAGUGUGUAUAGGUUUGAUUAAAAAUUUUAUCAAGCCCAAUUCUAAUACUCCUUAUUCAAAGAAUGGAUUCACCUGCCCACUCAAGUCGCAAAUCAAGAAGAUCUUGGUUUGAUGCUCCUCCAUUGACAUCUUUGGAGCCUCCUCCUGUUGCACUCAAUGCUUGUAGGAAACGUCUGAGUGAAGAUGCAGUUGAGACUCUACUUUUAACACAUUUUACCAAGCCACCAAAGAUCAAUUUCGGUAAAAUUGUGCUAGGCAAAACAAAGCUUCGCACUCUUCAAGUAAGGAAUCCACAUGACUAUGAACAAGAGGUUGUGAUUGAAAAAUUUCCAUUCAAAAAGAAGUUCACAGUUAAUGCAACAAGGUUUAAAGUAGAGCCAGGUGGCUUGUUUUGUCUAGAAAUACUCUGGACACCAGAAGAGACUGGAGGCUUCCGUGAAAUGGUCCAGUUCCAGGUCAAUCAGUGCUUCAGGCUGCAAGCAUUUCUUAUUGGCAUUGUGGAAGCUCCUAAGCUCCCUCGGAAAGAUAAUCGAGCUCAAAGACGUCAAGGUUUUGGUCCAAGAGUGAAAGAACCAGCUACUGUAAUUCAAACAUCUGCUCUUACCUUGAUCAAGUCUAAUUAUAGCCCUCGGCGAAGUCACGACGUGUAUGAAGAAUGGAUGACAACUUGUGAGAAUAAAGAAAAUACAGACAUUCUUGUCCAUUCAGAAGAUAGGCAAACCACCAUGAUGACCCAAGAUACAACCAUUGCCAAAGAAAAUUUACAGCUUACUGCUAAAGCAGAUUUGAGUGUACUAUCAAAAACAAGAACAGUUAUUCCAAAAGAAGAAAUGAAAACCCCCACACCACUAGAGUCAACAGUGAUCACAUUACAAGACAAAAAUCUGGUCAUCCUAAAAAAUAAUAGGAAACAAUGGCGGAAUAUUUCCGACAUCACCACACCAACAUUAAAUACCAUGAGCCCUAUACCUCGUGCAGAAGACAAUGAUCAUGGUUUAACCCUUGAUUCUUAUUUUCAGCCAAAUGACACUGGGCUUGGGAAAGCCACAACUUCUAAUUCAGACAAUGCUGUAUCUGUCUGUGACUUAAAAAGGACAUUUGUUUUGCCAGCUCCUCCUGUAGGACUGCCUGAGAAAUUAAAAACCACCAAAAAUUGUGAAACUGUGAGCAAAGAGCUGAAGCAUUUACCAUGUGCACCAGUCAGUGUACAAAACGCAGAGGCUGAAAAAGCUAAUUAUAUACAUCAUGUAACUCAAGAGUCAUUGAAGGAAUCUACAGUUAGUCCUACCAUGUCCAUAGUGCUCAAGAAAUCUGACUGGGCUUCUCCCAAGCGCAUAACUGACUUGGCUGAUGCUCGCACCAGUCCUGCUUCUCCUAGAACCAUGCUUAACCAGUCUUUGUCUCUGAUAUCGCAGAUGAAACUCCACAAAGGGUCAUCCCCUGAGGAGUCUGAUGAUAGUGUUAACUGCAGUGUGAUCUCUCUGGGUAAAGGCAUCGUUAGUCCUAAUUCAUUUCUGGCAGACAUGAAAAGCAUGAGGCUUGACCGAUCAGCUGGAAGUGGGAAGUCACAAAACACUAGCACACCUCUAAUCCCUAGCCCUCUGUCUAUCAUGAAUAAUUCUAUCCCUCACAGUGUCAUGGUCAGUCACUUGGCAAACAUCCGAUCUUCCUUGAGUUCUCCAUUACUUUGUAACAACUUUACUGAGUUGACUCCCAGAACUAAAGAUUGUGCUAUCAAACAUGGUUUAAAGGCUCAUUCUCCUUCAAAGUUUAAGGUGAGACAAGGUGCAAAAAUGUUUUCCAAAUCACCUCAACUGAAAGUCAAAUAUAGCCCCAAAAGCGUAUCACCCAGGUCUAAGGCCCUACAAAGAAAGGCUUUAAUGAGGCAUGAAUCCUCCAAGAAAGGUAGUAGGAUAAGUCCACAGCAGUCCCAAGAUCUUGUACAAAAAAGGAAAGUCAUGGAUGAGAAAAAACGAGAGUCGUCUGAAAUAUCUUCAGAGAAAUCUUCGAUAAAAAAUUGUUCCGUAGUCAAAGUUAAAUCUAAAAAAAGAUCUCCCAAAAUAAUUGCCCAGACCACUGUUUUGACAAAAAAGAAGAAGAAAUUAACAACCAAUCCAGAAAGCAGGCUAAAAACUAAUACUCCUGUGCAGUCUAGCUGUGAAAGUUUAAUCCCAGAUUUUCCAGUUCCAUUAGAAGUUGUGCCUCCGCAUAAGAAUGACUCCAUUCUGGAAAGAGAUACAUAUCAGCCCCACACAAGUGAAUCAUUUUGUGAAAGUUUUUUUCAGAAUGAAGAAAGUGGCAGUUGCCCAUCUUCAGUUACAAAAUGGGGUAAAUUCUUUCCAGAUAUCAACUUAUUAGGUGUUGAUGUUGCUACAGUAACCGAGUUAUCUGAGCAGGAGAAGCUCAUUGAAAUUCCUAUAAUUUCUCCAGAUGGCACAGUUGCUGACCAGCACACAUCUACAUCUGAAUUUUUAGUGAAAAGCAAAGACUUACAUCACCAGUUGAAAGAAACUGCCAGUGUAUCAUGUCAGAAUUCUUACAGAGGUGCUACGAGAGAAACUUCUACCUCUGGCAUUAUGACCAUAGAUGGUAAACUGCUUAUGGCCGCACAAGCAGCACAGCAAUCAGUGUCACCACAAAAGUUUUGUGCCAUAUCCCCCAGCCUCUUGCCCACUAGCCCUGGAAUGAUAGAUGCACAUUUAAGGCGUGGAACCAUGACUGUGACUAAAUCAAGACCCUCAGAUGCACUCCUGGCUGCAAUGAACCGUAGACGACCAUUGGAUGAAAACCCAAGAUAUUUUAAUGACGAUGAUACUGAAACCAAUGAAAAAAUAAAUGUACGUGUUGAAGAACGGUAUGAAGAGAUUGACGGACAGAUGUUUUUGGUAGUCAAGGAGACAACCGAUGUUGUCAAAUCUAUGACAGAGACCUAUGUUGAGCACAUUGCUUCAAGCCCAAACCAAUUUCUUACUCCAGUACGGCUUCCACAAAUGUCUGUUGCCUCUGCAUUGCAGAUGUCAGCACUGCCAUCUCAACUAGACAGACAUAUGACAAGUCCUAGUCAGUUCCUUACACCUAUUCAUCUCCCACCUAAGCCCAACCCUAAAAUGACCAUGCCAGAUACUAAUGCUACCAAUCAAUUGCCUGGUGUAAGUCCUAGCCAGUUCCUGACACCCAUCCAUCUCCCUGACAACCCAGAGCCUCAGUUUUCUAGAAGAUCAACUCAUGUUAUCAGAAGCCCAAAAGUCUUAAAACUUACUUCUGAGGACAAAAAGUUGUUGAACUUUGGGGAUUCAAUUCAAACUGCAUAUCUAAGUGAAAAACCUUUGGGAUCCAUGGCAACUCUUGAUGCUGAUGUGAAAGUAGAUGACACUUUAAACCAAAUGGUAGAUAAACAACCUCGUGCCUGUGUUAAACAGUUGAACCUAGUUGAGUAUAAUGUUUGUUCUGAUGAGAGCAGCUCUGUUAACUGCACACAAGACUCCCUUGAGGCAAGUCCACUUAGUGACUCCUUGAACAGAAGCUCCUCCAACCGAAGUACUAGUUUGACUGAAGCUUCAGAGUUGAAAAGUGGACAGAGGUCAUAUACGCAGAAGGAAACUGCUGAAGUUGACAGUGAGCUAGUACCUGUCCAUCCAAGUAGACAUGGGGAUGAGGAGAGUGAGGAGAACUUCUAUGACACUGUGAGUGAAAACUACUACGAUGCCCUGAGUGAUACGGCGAAUGAUCCCAAAACUGUGUCAGGCCCUUCUGCAGAGCCAACAAUGUCUAACGAUAGUAUCACUGUCAGCCAAAAUUCUGAAUUGAAAGGGGAUACCAUAGUUAAUGUAAACUCAGACUCUACGUGUCUUGUUGCUGACAACAGGGGUACUUCUCAUCCUGUUAAGACUGAUAAAAGAGAUCAUCCUAUGUCUUGCUCGGAAGAAAAUCUGCCCAGACACAACCUUACAUCAGAAUCAGAUCUGAAAUCUUCAUGUCAAAAAGAAAUACUGUUAGAGAAUGGCAUUGACCAUGUUGAGCAUUUCAUGGUUAUCACCAAAGAAACAUUUGACGUUCCUGUGGCUGAAAUGGAAACCCUUAUGGCGUCUGCUGAUUACAACGAAAUAAGUGACAGAAAACAUCUGCGUAGAUCUGUUUCAUUAAGUAUCUUAGACGUUGAACAAAACAUGGAAAAGGCAUCUCAUUUCAAGCACACAACACAAAGUUAUGACAUUCCCAAUGAGAGCCACAAAACAAAGGUCACAAUAAACCAUUCAAACAUGUUUGCCCAGCCCAGCCAAAAAGAAGCACAAAAGAUGACUAUCAAGACUCGGUCUCAGACCAACCUGUCCACAUUAAAGCACAGAAGCCAGAGUUUAACCACAUUGAGUAAAGAAGUCAAGUCACCUAAAAAAGUUAAACCUGACUCAACGCUUGCUGUUAAAAAGGAACAAAAGACUAAAACUUUCAAGCAACAAAAUAACCAGCUGAAUCUCAAACUGGCUUCUAAACAGAAAACACUCCCUAAAGGAGUAGCACAGAGUAAACUAAUUUUAGUGAAAAAACCCAAAGCAGGAAUGGCUAGGCACCCAAUGCCGUUUGCUGCUAGGAACAUGUAUUAUGAUGAACGUUGGAUAGAAAAACAGGAGAGAGGUUUUUCUUAUUGGUUAAACUAUGUGCUUACACCUCCUGAUGAAUAUCUGACUGUCACAACUAAACCAAAAGUGGAUGCUGGCUUUCUGUCACUGGAUAGCCGUCAAGUUGUGCCCAGACUUGCACCCACUAAAGAGGUCCUGUCCUUUAGGGCCUAUGCUGCUCGUCGACGUUUGAACCGUUUGCGUAGGUGUGCGUGUGAACUGUACCAGUCUGAACCAGUUGUCAACAUCAUCUGUAAGAUUGAAGUCGAGGUGGAGAGCAGAAGGCUGGCUCCACGCAAAGAUAAAAUGAUUCAUGCUGAUCUUGGUGUGAAGCAGAGACUUUUGGAUCUUUUGCUGCAGUACAGCCCUUUGUGGCUGAGGAUUGGUUUAGAGACUAUAUUUGGUGAAGUUCUGAUGCUUCAGUCCAACCAAGAUGUUGUGGGGUUAUCCCGUUUCAUUAUCAUGCGACUAUUGGCAUCUCCAGACAUUGCUUCUGAGUUUGCACACCCAACAGUGCCACAUUUAUAUAAAGAAGGUUUUGCUGCAGCACUCGCCAGGCACACCAUCAAAAAGUUUUUACUUUUGGUUUAUUUCCUUGACCAGGCCAAGACCUCUAGGCUCAUUGACCAUGACCCCUGUCUGUUUUGUAAAGAUGCAGAGGUCAAGUCCAGUAAAGAGAUACUGAUUCAGUUUUCCAGGGAAGUGCUGAGCGGUGAAGGGGAUCUAACUCGCCAUCUUGCCUAUCUUGGUUACAUUGUGAACCAUGUUCAGAAACCAAUCGAUGAGUUUGAUUUUGCUGUAAAAAACCUGAGUUCAGACUUAAGAGAUGGGCUUCGGUUGAGUCGAGUUCUAGAGUUGUUAGCUGACAAUAAAGAAAUAAUGAAGAAAGUUAGAACACCCGCCAUCAGCCGCCUCCAGAAAAUUCACAAUAUGGAAGCUUUUUUCAAAGCAAUGAAUGAGAGAAAAUUUGAUUUGACUUCAUUGCAAGUCUCACCACGUGACGUAGUUGAUGGUCAUAGAGAGAAAACCUUGCUGCUGUUGUGGCAUCUCAUCAUGCAUUUCCAGAGCUCUAUCCAUGUCAACAUGGAGCACCUUAAGGAAGAAAUACAUCUACUCAUCAAGUCACUUCAGCUCAAGUUGGCUAUGCAGAAAAUUGGAGCCAUUGCUACUGAAGAAUGUUUGGCAAGAAGAGACUCUGGUGAGACCAAGCUUGUUCUGGACAAUGAAGGGAUGAAACUGAUCUUCCAAUGGUGUCGAUUGGUUUGCCUACAUUAUGGGGUUAAGGUUGAGAACUUCACUGUCUCUUUCUCUGAUGGCAGAGCCUUGUGUUGUCUCAUCCAUCAUUAUCACCCAGCUCUCCUCCCGCUCUCUGACAUCAAGUUUCAGACCACUGUCAGUUUCCAGGAAGAGGCUGAAGACCAGAGCCCACUUAACAAUGACCUAGAUUGUAGCAUGGACUGGAAUGGUGGCGGGAUGGUUCCCAAUGAAAAUGAUCCAGAGUUUUUUGAGCAGUUACUACAAAAUGAGAAAUCAAAUUUUAAAGUCUUGUAUGACAAGUUGUCUGAACUGGGCGGUGUUCCCUUGAUGCUCAGGUCUUCAGAUAUGUCCAAUACAAUACCAGAUGAGAAAGUUGUCUCGACUUGUAUUUCUUACCUGUGUGGUAGACUCCUUGACAUUAGGGAAGAGGUUAAAGCAGCCAGAAUUGUUCAGAUGGCAUGGAGGAGAAGAAAGUUGAACAGAGCUAUCAAACAAAGACAGGUGAAAACACAAGCAGCUAAUACCAUACAACGAUGGAUAAAGCCAAUCUUAGCAAAACGUCUGACUGUUAGGCAAGAGGCUGCUGCCACUUGCUUACAAAAAUAUGUUAGAGGAUAUCUGGCCCGCAUGAAAACUAAAAAACUGCAAAGACAGCAACAGGCCAGCAAAAUAGAAACAAUGAAGCUACAAGCAGCUCAAACUCUGCAGAGCUACUGGAGAACCUACACUGCCAGGAUUCAACUUGCUAAAUUGAAAGAAAAGAAGCAGCUUGAAAAUCGUCAGAAACUUGCUGCCACCUGUUUACAAAAAUAUGUUAGAUGUCAUCUGGCUAAGUUGAAAGUUCAGGAGCUUCGUAGACAGCAAGAGGCUAGAAAAAUGGACACGAUGAAACAGCAAGCUGCCCAGACCUUGCAGAACUGCUGGCGUUGUUAUGCUGCCAGGAGGGAACUUGCCAGUUUAAGAGAAAUGAAACAGUUAAAACAGCAGGAAAUUGCUGCCGUUUGUUUACAAAAAUAUGUCAGACGUCAUCAAGCUCAGUUGAAAGCUCAACAAUUGCGUUCACAGCUACAGGCUAGCAAACAAAGUAAAAUGCGAGAACAAGCAGCUAAGACCUUGCAGAACUGCUGGAGAUCUCACAUUGCUAGGAAAAAACUUGUUCUGUUGAGACGAAUGAAACAGCUUGAAGAGGACAGAAAGAAACAAGAAACUGCUGCGACUAUAGCACAGAAAUGUGUGAAAGGUUGGUUACAAAGAAGAACCUUUUUGAAAGAAAAAACAGCAAUAGUGACUCUACAAGCUGCAUGUAGACAGUACUUGGCCCAGAGACUUUAUAAGAGAUAUAGACUAGAACGUCAUAACAAAAAUGCCACUAUUAUACAGAAAUGGGUCAGAUGUUAUUUAUGCUCAUUGAGAUAUUCAAAACUUAAGAUGGCUACAGUGACCAUUCAGAAAAAUUGGAGAAUAUUGCAGGCUAAAAAAGAACUUCAUCGUUUAAGAACUGCUAAGCAAAACAAAUCUGCUGUCAUCAUUCAAAACUUUGUUAGGCAAAAGUUGCAAGAGAAACGCUAUCAAAGUCUGAAAUCUGCAGCCAUUGUCUUACAGAGCUAUUGGAGAGUUAGAUGUGCUAAGAACAUAUUGAUGCGGCUGAAGGCUGAGAAACGGCACAAUUCUGCCAUCAUAGUGCAAAGUGUGAUAUUAUGUGUGACUAUGCGGAGACGUUUCUUAAAACAAAAGAGUUCUGCCAUUGUGAUACAGAAGCACUGGAGGAGAAUCCUAGCCUUCAGAGAAGUGGCUAACCUAAGAGAAGAAAGGCACAGGGAAGUGUUACUUGAAAACCAGAGAAAACUGACACAAAGAACUAAUGCAGCCUUAGUUCUCCAGACUCAUUGGAAGAAAGUGCUUGCUAUGAGAAAACUGUCAAAAAUGAAGCUGGCUAGAGACUCGCUUGCUGCUAUUGUCAUCCAAAAGUAUUGGAGAGGUUUCAAAGCCAGAAAGAUGUUUUCAGUACAAAAAUAUUGUGCUACUAAGAUCCAGAACUAUUGGAGGAUGAUUUUAGCUCAAAGGAACUUCAAAAUUUUAGUGGCUAGAAGAAAUGAACAAGCAGCUGUUACAGUUCAAAGUGCUUGGAGAAAAAUGUUCAUUAGGCAGAAAUUCUUAGAGAUGAAGAGAGCUGCAAUUCUGAUACAGUCGUACUGGAGAAUGUACUCCGCCUCACAAAAGUACAUGCGCGAGAGACAGGCAGUUCUAAUUCUACAGCACUGGCAUAAAGCCAACAUGAUGGCACGUCAACAAAGGUUCAACUACUCAUUACAGCAACAGGCAGCCAUUACCAUCCAAAAGUCUCUAAGGUCAUGGUAUCAGAGAAAAGAGUUUUUAAAACAAAGAAAUGCUGCAGUAGUUAUACAAAGUAAUUUUAGAUGCUUCCGCCGUAAACUUAAAUACCAGGCCAUGAAAUUAGCCGCUAUAAUAAUACAGAGAGGCUUCAGGCAUAAUGCAUUGUGUAAAAAGGAAAGAAAUGAAUAUCUAACGUGCAAAAAAGCAGCUGUUACCAUUCAAAGGAACUGGCGCAAAGUGAUGAAGCAGAAACAGCUGAAAUAUUUCACUUCUGCAAUUGUCAUACAGUCAGUGUAUAGAAAAUAUUUGGCUAGGAAGGAAUAUUUAUCUCAGAGAAAUGCUGCUUUGAAAAUUCAAGGGAGUUAUAAAGCUUACAUUAUAGGAAAGAGCACAAGACAAGAUUUCUUAAUGAAAAAACAAGCAAUUCUAGUACUACAGUCAUACUUCAGAAUGUUUCUCUGCCACAGAGCUUACCUGACAAUGAAGUAUGCAGCCAUUGUACUACAGACACAUUACAGGGCUAAACGAGAGGGGCAAAUUUGCAGAGAAAAUUUCUUGUUGAAAAGAAGAGCAGCUUGUAUCAUUCAAAAGUGGUACAGACAAUUAGUUGUCAGAAGAAGGUUGCAGGUUGAGACUUUGGUGCAGCACUUAGCAGCUGUAAAACUUCAAGCCACGUAUAGAGGAUGGAGCCAGAGACAAGACUAUCUCCUGUUCCGUGCAGCAACUGUAUGCAUUCAGCGUCGAUUUAGGGCUAAGUUGUUGGGCCAGGCCACUAGGCUGGAGUUUAAGGAGAUGAAGCAAUCAGCUCUUAUCAUUCAGAGACGCUGGCGAAUCUUUCUGUGUAGAGCUGCAAGAAAAAAACUCAUUGCUGAGCAGGAGGAACGUCUGAGAUUAACAGAACAAAUGCAGCUGCAAGAGAAGCUUCUAAGACUAGCAGAGGAAGAAAGACAGGUAAAGGAGCUACAAGAAAAGCAUUAUUAUGAAAUGGAACAAAGAAGAUGCAGAGCUGCUAUUGUAUUACAAAGACAUUUUAGAUUAUUUUUAGUGAGGAAAGAAUCUGUAAAAGUAAAUUUGGCUGCCACUGUUAUACAGAAAUAUAUUAGGUGCUAUUUGGCACGAAGAAAUUUCUUAGUACUCAAAAGACAUGUAACAAAACUGCAGCGAUUGGUCAGGAGAAAACAGCUCAUGGAACGAGAGAGGUCAACCUUUCUUAAGAUGAGAAAGAGUAUUGUUAUCAUCCAGACUGCUAUCAGAUUGUGGCUGACAUCCCGUCAAGUGCUCAAACAGAAGUCUGUUCUUAGAAUACAAACAUUUUGGAGAAUGUGCCGGGAGCGUGCUGCAUUCUGUCAAGCCUCCAGUGCAGUGUUAGUACUCAAGUCUUUCAUGGAACUGAAACAGCAACAAAUAGAACAGCAGAUCAAACAUUUAGCUGCUCGUUCCAUCCAGAGAACCUACAGAUAUCAUUUACACAAGAAAGCUUUACACAAGAAUGCUGCAGCGCUAGUAAUCCAAAGAGCAAUCAAAACAUUCCUCUUGAAGAAAAGAAUAGAACGUCACCAAGCAGCCUGUGUCCUGCAAAGAACAUUCAGAAUUAUUAUUUUGAGAAAAAGGCUUCACGUCAUGAGUGCAGCUGUCAAAAUACAAAGCUUCUUUAAAAUGGUUUUAGCCAGAAGGCGCUAUGAUAGGCUGCAGAAGUCAGUUCUUUUUAUUCAAGCAAGUCUUAGAACUUGGUUGGUUAGACGCCAGAUGCUCCUAGUUAAGAAAAGAGAAGUUUCAGCUGUUCGUAUUCAGUCAGCUGUACGAGGUUGGCUGACCAGACGUCGAGUUACACAUGCUUUACAAGAAAGAUUACAAAAAAUUCACUUAGAGAGACUCAAAAAUAAAUCUGCCCUUAUUCUACAGUCACUGUGGCGUGGCUACAAAGUUCGCAGAGACAUAAAAAAUACCAAAAUUGUCAAGGCCAGGAAGAAGGUCCAGAAGGCAACGCUGUCUGCUACUAGGGAAAACACUUUAGGAGCUCGCACUACCUCAGCUUUGGAUUUCUUACUUCAAGUGAAAGACUUGGCCCAAAUACUGGAGGCUCUCAUUCAUUUAGAGUAUGCCACACGUCUGUCUCCUGUGUGCUGUCUUCAGAUCAUAGAAGUGAAUGCUGUAUCUGUUUUGUUCAGACUCAUCAGUAGCUGUAAUAGAAGCGUCCCCCACAUGGAGCUCAUUAGAUACUCUAUCUGUAUUCUACUGAACUUGGCAAAGUGUGAGAGAACCCUCAAUGAUCUUCUGCAAUCAGAUGAUAACAUAUCAGUAUUACUAGAUAUGUUACAGAUCUACAGAGACAAAGGCCCUAUCUUUCUGAAUACUUGCAUGCUGCUGGGCAUCCUAGGACUUAAUGAACACAGGAAGCAGCGUAUUGUACAGCAUCCCCAGCUUGUUGAGAGACUGCAGAGUAUCUACACUCUGACUCAACGUAAACACAAAGCCAGCCAGACUAGGGAGUUAGCAAAAGUCAAGCAAGCAGCUUUAAAAUCUUGCAACUCCUCUCUACUACUGACAACGCCCUCAGCAAAGAAAAAAGUGACCAAGGCGACCUCAAUGCAAAAAAUAAUUCCCAAGAGCAUCAAAGAAUUUGACAACCCACUAGUGGCUCUAAAUUUCCUAAUGAAUGUUUUAGGGAUAGAAAAAAAGUAACACAAAAUAAUUAUUUUUCUCUGAGUGUAUAAAGCCUUUCCCAUGUUUAAUCAUCAUUAAUCAUUUUAUUUGAGAACUAUAUUUCCUCCUAGAUCUACAUAAUAAUCAUGAGACUUGUAAAUUAUCCUUUACAUUUUUAAUUGCUUUGUACUAGCUUUCCUAGUAAUUCCAGUCUUAUUUUACUGAGCCUAGUGUUAGAAACUGUAUGCUAUUACAUAGGUCGCUGUCCUUAAUUUUCUAUUGACAUGGCCUUCACCUGUUCAUAUUUGUAUCAUAGUAUUUACUUGUAAACAAAAUGUAUAUAGCAUUGUGAAUUAUAUAUUUUAAAAAGAAUUUUGUUGAAUAAAAUUUUGUUAGCUGAUUAUAAGAUUUCUACAUAAACCUUAGUGAUUAGAACUAAUUAGGCAUAAACAUGUGUUUGUAUAUAUUUAUAUAUAUAAUUUGAUAAAUAUUCAGAACAAAGUUGCUUCGUUCUAAAAUGUUCUAUGCAUUAAUGCAUUUUUCUAUUUUACUAUAAAAAAAAUAUUUUUUUUUACUAUUGAGCCUUAAGUACUGAUAAUUCUACUUACAAAUUCCUUGUAGCCAGUUUCAAACAUUAUAUGUUAUUCUUAUAGCCACACUUUUUUUUUUUUUUUUUUUUAAAUAUUUCCUUUUAAAUAAAGGCAAUCCUGUUUUGAUAUUAAAAGUUUCUCAAACUAUUUAUCAACUGUUGAUUAGUAUAGGAAUGGAAUAUUUACAAUGCAUUGAAGGGGAAAGACCCUGUUUUAAAAUAGAAAAUAAGAUCAAUUGCUGCAGCUAUAAGAGUUGGUAGAUAUUUCAGUAAAAGGAAAUGAUCAAAUGGAAAUUCUAAUGUUAUCUUCUCUCUUAUAAUAAUUAAGUAAGCCUUGUAAUAUAUUUAAGAAUUUUUUUUAUCAUUGAAGCUAAUGUAUAUCUGAAUAUAUAAAUCUAUAUAUAUUUUAAUAAUGCCCUGUAUACACAUUGUAGUCCACUACUCCUCAUGAGUUAAUUAUAACGUACUACGCCUGAUUGAGAAGUUACUGUGUUUAUUUUUAUUGUUGAAAUAAUGUGCCUUGUUAUAUUUCUUUGUGCUUUCUUUUUUUUUUAACAAUAAAACAAAGUUACCAAGUUUUGUA